GUAAACAUGUCUGGAAGAGGUAAAGGAGGUAAGGGACUCGGAAAGGGAGGCGCCAAAAGACACAGGAAGGUGUUGCGUGAUAACAUCCAGGGUAUUACCAAGCCCGCAAUCCGUCGUCUGGCUCGCCGAGGUGGUGUCAAGCGUAUUUCUGGAUUAAUCUACGAAGAGACCCGUGGUGUCCUUAAGGUAUUCCUGGAGAAUGUCAUCCGAGAUGCCGCCGUCACAUACACCGAGCAUGCCAAGAGGAAAACGGUCACAGCCAUGGAUGUCGUCUACGCUCUGAAGAGACAAGGACGUACCCUGUACGGAUUUGGCGGUUAA